GUCUAGUGACGUACGGAGGCGUGCCUUCCGUUCUAUGCCAUAUUGCAUAUCUAUAAGAGAGAAUUAAGUAUGAAAACUGCAAGGAGGUUGCGGGCCUAUACUAGGGCAGUGUGAUCUAUUUCAUUACUAAGAAGACUCAAAAUGCAUUGCUUGCCAUCAGCUACAAUCCGCUUGCUUUCCAGCUCCCAAGUGAUUACCUCAGUGGUUAGUGUGGUAAAGGAACUAGUAGAAAAUGCUUUAGAUGCUAACGCGACCAGCAUUGAAAUUAAGUUGGAGAAUUUUGGAUUUGACAAAAUUGAAGUGCGGGAUAAUGGAAAAGGUAUCAAAAGUGAUGACACCCCUGUUAUGGGCGUCAAACAUUAUACUUCUAAAAUUAACAGCCAUGAUGACUUGGAAACAUUAGAAACAUAUGGCUUUCGUGGGGAAGCCCUCGCUUCAAUCUGCUCUGUGGCAGAGGUUCAUAUUGCUACAAAGACUCUUGAAGAUGAUUUCAGCAAGUUGUAUAUCUUAGAUAGCAGUGGUCAUGUUGUUUCCCAAAAGCCUUCCCAUCUUGGUCAGGGUACUACUGUCAGUGUGCAUAAACUGUUCAAGAAUUUACCUGUAAGAAAGCAAUAUUAUUCUACAAUCAAGAAGUGUAAAGAGGAGAUUAGAAAUAUCCAGGAGCUACUGAUGGCUUAUGGAAUCGUAACACCAAAUUUAAGGAUUCUGUUCACCAAUAAUAAGGCUCUUGUAUGGCAAAAAUCAAAGACGUCUGACCAUAAGAUGGCAUUUAUGUCAGUUGUGGGAAGUGCCAUCAUGAAUUGCAUGGUUCCUAUUCAAUACCAAUCCGAAGACCCAAAGAUUUUUAUUAAUGGCUAUCUACCCAAGCCAUAUGCCGAUAACACUACAACCAGCCUCUCAAGUUCAGAAAAAAGUUUUCUCUUUAUAAACCGUCGACCUAUUUAUCACAAAGAAAUACUGAAGAUGGUGCGUUGGUAUCACAACCAGAGUUUAAACAAAGGGACCCCUCGCUGCUAUCCAGUAUUUUUUAUGAAUAUUGAACUUCCUGCUUCAUGUUUGGAUGUGAAUUUAACUCCAGAUAAAACUCAAAUUAUGCUUCAAAAUAAGGAGUUUGUCCUACAUGCUGUUGAGAAUGUCCUGAGAUCUGUGUACCCAGAUUCACAAAUACUAGAAACUCAUAAAGAUGCAAUGCCUGAAGACACUGUAACUAAUAAUACAGAUAAUUCCAAUACACACCUUGUUGGAAACAAAAUCACAAGGAAUGAUGGGGAAUUAUUUAGUCCAUGCACUGUUACAAACAGUAUUCAAGAAGAAAAGCAAUCUGAGAACUCUUUAGAGUAUCAAAAAUUGGAAAGGGAUAAAAUUCCUUAUUCUGAUAAUGGUGAGGUUGCCUACAGUGUGUCUGAAAGCACUGAUGGUUUUCUAUUAAAUAAUGAAUCUUCCACGCUACAGGGUAAAGCCAGUGCUGACUUUGGAUUACAGUUUGCUGUUAGAAACAGUAAUUUAAUGGAUGUUCAAUCUAACAACACUUUGGAUUCUGUACACCAGGUUUUAGAAAAGGAUACAUGGAAAACAAAAACACUGACUAAGGUCCCUGAUAUUGGUGAUGAUAUUUGGAGUAAAGGAAGUACUUUUAAAGACUCGCUUGGUGAUAACCUAGAACCUAUAAAGAUAUUAAAUUUAUCUGCAGAGACUCCUUUUGUCAAAAACACUGGAGAAGAUAGUAAUAUUCACAAUUCAAAGAAUGAAAAUACCAAACCUUUAAAUGUCAUUAGUGAAAAGUCUGGAUUUGUCACUGCCUAUGACUUAAUAAGUGAAAAAGCAGUCAAGAAACCAUUGUCUGCAGUGGGUUAUUUCAUACAGGCAGAACGAUCCAAACUUAUUGAUGAUAACCCAGUGGCUAGUGUUGAGGAGAUUUCUUCAAAAGGAAAGGAUCUCUGGGGUAAACUCAGUCAAGAUAAGAAAUCCAAGUAUGAAGAAAAAGCAGCUAAUAAUUUGGAGAGGUACAAUCUGCAGAUAGCUAUGGCAACAGGAGAACAUAUUCAAAAGCCAAAAGACAUAGAGAAAAGACAUAAGCUCUCUUCUGGACCUAGCCCUUCUCGGAAAGUAAAAUUAAAAACACCCCUUUGUAACCAGCAAAUACUGGACAAGUUAUUUCUGUCUCAAGAAAAGAAAAAAAACAAACCAAUUAGUAGUGUACAAGUAGCCUUUAAGUUAAGCAAAUUAAAACAACAGAUUUCUAGGCUCACAGACCAACAAAACUCUGUGAAAGAAGAAUUUUGCUUCAUAAAUAAGCUAAGCUUCCCUGGUGCAUGGAUUGUAGCAUCAGGGUCAGAGAUUGCUCUCUUGAAUCCCUAUAGGGCUGAGGAAGCUUUGAUAUUUAAACAGCUUUUAAAGAACCAUAAAAUAUCUGCAGAAAAGUUGGAUUCUCCAAUUGUAAUAACUGAUAGCCUCUUAGGAGGGUCGCAGUAUUUAGAUGCUCUGUUAAGCAUGCAAAAGGACUCCCCAAAGCCAAAUGGAGAAACAUACUUUUCAGAUCCCAGACUUACUGCUAAUGGGUUUCUAAUUAAAAUAAUGCCAGGAAAGUCACCUGUUGAGAACCACAUUGCGAUUGAAGGGAUGGCUAGCGGCUUGCCUUUUUAUGGAGUGUCAGAUCUAAAGGAAAUCCUAAGUUUUAUACUAAUUAACAAAAGCAAUAAACUAUGUGACUGUAGACCAAUUAAAGUGUGGAAUUAUCUUGAGGGAGAAGCUGUAAGAUUGUCUCGCCAGCUACCUAUAAACCUUUCCAAAGAAGAUGUGCAUGACAUCAUGCACAGGCUAAACAAUCAAUGUGGAAGUGAAACUAAAGCUUGUCUCCAUGGUCAUCUGUUUUUUCAUCAUUUAGCAGAUGUUCCUAAAACUGAUUGAACCAUAUUGAUACUGUACACUGAAUUACACAUUUCAGUUCAUUGCCAAAAAGAUCACAUUCAAAUAAAGAUUACAAACAGAACCAUUUCUACCUAAGUGCUGUAAGUUAUUUUUUAAGUUGAGACCAUUUUGCAGUCUGUUUCACCUAAUAAGUUUAAUACUCAUGAUACAUGUUUGUUUUUAAGAAGUUAACUGACUAAUCUUUAUUUUGAAACUUUUUUUCUAACAUUUUUGAAAAUAUGGAAAUUAAAAAUAAGUCAAAAGAUUUUGAAUAAAUUGUGUUUAGUUGAGUUUCUAUGGUCUGUAAAGCAAUAUGAUGCUGUUAAUUUGAGCAGUCAAACUGAAGAAGCUGCUUGGAUAAAACAUCUUCUAUGUUUACUCAACAAGUCCAGUUGCUCUAGAUUUACUUAUACUAGAUAUACUAUGACCUGAUGAAUGAAAACUUUCAUAGUUAUGAUGCUGUUAAUAUUUUUGCCAUUUUUAAGAACUGGACAUGGACAGCAGCAGAUGAUGUUCUAAACCUAUGUAUAAUCUAUUAUCUUAUAAGAGCCAAAAUAUCUACAUAUGUAUACAUAUCUAUAUAUCUACGUAUAUUUGUUUCAUAUAUUAAUAUUUGUGUAAAUAUGUACUCCUGGGUCUUCCAUAAAACAGCAGAAAGUGUUUUUAAUUAUGUUAUAUAGACUUUUCUUAGGGACAGACAAACACUGACUAAGUGAAGCAAAUAAACCUAAUACAGAAAGGUG